CAAAACAAAAAUCCAAAACAAAAAUGGCGACACUGGCAGAAACACAACGAGAAGCGAGACGUCGAAAAAUAUUGCAAAAUCCAGAGGAGCGCAUUAAUCGUCUAUUAGGAAAAUCACCAGAAGCCACCACUAUAUUGAAAGGUAGAUUGGGGAAAGCAAAGGUGGAAGAGGAAGUCAAUUUUCCAAUCCAGGGGUCACCACAGUUUGUUGAACGUCAUGAUUCACCAGAUGGCGUGUCAACUCCAUCACGCCAUACAUCUCCAUACAACUUGAGAAGUAGACAUUCUAGGGUCAGCUCACCACCCACUGAAGAUGUUGAGAAAAUUUCCGAAGAUCUUUCAGAAGAUGCUGCCAAAGCUUCUGACAGAGAAAGCAUUAGUACUGUUCAAAAAGACAAAGCAAAUACUCCUUCAGGCGAUCCUGGCAUACAAGCCAACCCAGAUCUGAAGGCUGAUAAUGAGACAAAGGCGGACGAUGAAUCAAAAACAGAGAUGGCUAACAAAUCCUCUUCUGAUCUAUGCCUAGCUUUCUUAAAAGGACUGGAUGCACAAUCAUUUGAACUGUUGAAAAUAUGCACUUUUUUCUUAUUGGCGUUCAUAUCCCGGCAGCUUUUGAAAUUAGGAAUAGGUCUUCUUAUCAUUCCGAGUAUUUUCUUUCCAUUCAUAAUUUUGGAAGCAACUAUCAUCUACUUAUGUCAGGUACAUUUGAAAUACAUCCCAUUGACAGGCUCUAGGGGGAACUUGAUGUCUGCUGCACUCGUAUUGUGUGGACUGAAACAAGAAGUAUUGGAGUCCUAUCAUUUGAUCAUGACCCAUAUAAACACAGCUUUAAGUGACUUGGGCAUUUACUUCUUUGCCUUUAUUGUUUGCUAUGGACUAUCUUGAGAGAGAGAGUUUGUGCCUUAACUGUUGUGGAUUCAGUUUUUAGAUUUAUAGUUGGCAGUUGUAUUUUUCCACAGGUUUAUAGAAUAGAAAAUAGGGAUUGUUGCUAAGCUAUGUGACUUGUUUAUAAUUUUUUUAUUUAGUUUCCUCGAGCCACUAAAGCUUUAGUUUACUUGUGUAUUGUUAGACAUGCAGAUGUACAUAGAUCAUCUGCUAUCUAUAAUAGAGUAUCUAAACCCCCUAAGUUCUCAUGGCAUGUCACAUUUACUUUUCUCAUUUAAACGUCUGCUGUUCUCUAUGACUCUGGUUGUACAGUCUUCAACUUGAACUGUAUGAAGAAAUUGUGUCCUGCUGAAAUGUUCUUUUGUAAAUAGAAUGAUAAUUUUUUUCUUUCUUCACUUUGAAGACAUAGCAUAAAUAAUAGAUGAACUCAUGUAGUGGGAAAUGAUUAAUUAGCCAAUUGGCACUGUACAAGUUCUGUGUAGAAUCACAUAAUUAUAUUAAUAAAAAAAAAUCCCUUUUCAGUCCUUGCAGUCCAUGUUUCUAUUGCCAAUGACUAAGAUGGUGUCAUGUGGCCAGCACAAUGACCAGCCUUUAAAACUUUCCCCAACUAAGGUCAGGUACCCAUUAGAGUUGGGUAGUCCUUACAAUCCAGAAGUUGAGCUGGAUUGGAACCUCCCGGUUUGGAAGCCUGAAAGUAAUCUCAAUGACUACUAUUACACCAAAGCAGUGUGACCAACACAAGUGUUUUAAUUUGUUUAUUUUCAAAGUUUUCUACACUAAAAAGGUUAAAUAUUUAUAAAGCUUUAUUGCUUUGUUACAUAAUGUAGCACCUGAAAGGCAGCUAAUUUAGCUCUAGAUCUUUUUCUUUCUUAGGGCACGACAUGGCCUAAAUUUGCCGAUGUGCCAAAUAUCCAAAAUGUCAAAUAUUUUCUUACUUAUUCUAUGGGUCAGAAUGCUGAUUUUUUUUUUUACAUAAACGUUUGGUAAAAUUUUUAGAUCAAAAUAGUUGAAAAUAACAAGGCUUAUCUUCGAGUCCAAAGAUUAGUGAGGAAUGCUGUAUUUCCUAUGGCUGCGCAAUCCCAGCUGUGACCUACAUAUUUUGCCACACCCAGGGCGAGCAUAACCAUUAUUCACAGGUGGUCGAUUUAGAUUUUCUUUUCGUCGUCUGGGUGACCUUUUUUUUUUAUGUGGCCUCAAAAUAUUUGAUAUUCCAGGUCAUAUUUAUGAUGGCUAGUAAAAUGAACAUAUUGAAACUGGUAUACAGAUUGAUGCUGACCACUUUAUCUUCUGCAGGCUUACUGUUAUCUUUACCGAAAUAAAGCAUUUAGAACUAUGUUUUACUAGAAGAAAAUAUGGAUUUGUAAUAUUUACUUUCUAUUUUAAGACUUUUUUUUGUCUAAUAAAGUAUAUGAGAAUUUUGAUUUAUUCAAAGCCUGAAUCUACAUUUGUGCUCUCAGUCGUAGUUGGAAUUAAAACAAAAAUGGAAAACUUCUGUUGUUGUUCACCUUGAAUUUCAAAAGCUUUUAGCCAUUAAAAAUGCAAUACCAUAAUAAAAAUUAAACAGCUCUUUAAACUUGAGACUUACAAGAAAAUCUCUUUCUUCUAAUUGUCAUGAUAAAUGCAAAUAUUUUUUAUUUAUUUUUUUUGUAUAAAGAUGCAUGCAGGAAGUUGAUUAUUUUAUAUUAUUUUUUAUGUGUUGAAAAAAAGGAUAUGGGUGUUGUUUUUUUUUAUGUUGACCUUUUGAUCAACCUUUUUUUCAUUCAUUUACUUAAUCCACUGGUUCUUUUCUCCAAGAAAUUUCAUUAAUAAAAUUUAUGAACAAG